AUGGAAACUCCCAAUCACCCCCGAGACAUCUCGUUCUGGCGUCUGAUGACGGACCAGCAUGUCGUCACCCACGACAUCGUCGACCACAAAUACCCUGGAUCCGGCACUGAAAGCGACCCCUAUGUCGUGUCCUGGAUCCCAGACGACCCCCGAAAUCCCAUGAACUUCGCCAUGGCCAGAAAAGUACUCAUCGUCUUUGCCACCGGCUUCUCGGCGCUGAUCAUAUCACUAUCGUCCUCCGGCUACAGCGGGAGCAUGGGGCAUAUCAUCCAGCACUUCAACGUCAGCGAAGAAGUAGCCACUCUAGGCCUGUCCCUCUUUGUUAUCGGUUUCUCGCUGGGACCGGUGAUAUGGGCACCACUGAGUGAGAGCAUCGGCAGACAGAUUCCCUUUUUCAUCUCGUUUCUAGCUAUGGCGGCCUUUUGUGCUGGGUGUGCUGGGGCGCAGAAUAUAGAGACCCUUCUGGUUCUGCGCUUCUUCGCCGGUGCCUUUGGUUCAUCACCGCUCACCAAUGCUGGUGGCAUUGUCUCUGAUAUGUUUACUUCCCGCGAGCGCGGCCUUGCACUUCUUCUGUUCGCCGCUACUCCGUAUAUUGGCCCCGCCGUCGCGCCCAUGAUAGGCGGAUUCCUAUCAAUGAACGCCGGCUGGCGCUGGGUUGAAGGUCUCUUCGCCGCAUCCUCAGGCCUAGUCUGGCUCACCGUCACCUUCUCCGUCCCAGAAACCUACGCCCCCGUCCUCCUCCGCAAACGAGCCGCCAAACUCUCCCAGAUAACCGGCCACCACUACCGCAGCAACCUGGACAUUAGACAAAAAGGAGUAACAUUGAGAAAGCGUCUGCAAACCGUGUUCUCACGCCCCUGGAUCCUCCUCUUCACCGAGCCCAUCGUUUUCCUGCUCACCUUCUACGCCGCCCUCAUCUACGGAACACUGUACAUGCUCUUCGCCGCAUUCCCAAUCGUAUACCAGCAAGAGCGCGGCUGGAACCCGGGCGUCGCAGGCCUGCCCUUCCUAGGCGUUCUCAUCGGGAUGCUCUCUGCAACCAUCUACACAAUCUGGGACAACAAGCGCUACAUCAACUGCCAAAACAGUUAUCGGAACGGUGUUGCACCCCCCGAAGCACGCCUGCCCCCUUGUAUGCUCGCCGCAGUCACAAUCCCCACCGGCCUCUUCUGGUUCGCGUGGACAAACUCUCCCUCUAUCCACUGGAUGGCUGGUAUAGCGGCCCUCGUCCCCUUCGGAUUUGGCCUUGUCAUUGUGUAUGUGGGGAUCGUGAACUACCUCGUCGACUCGUAUACGAUCUAUGCGGCGUCCGUGCUUGCGAGUAUGUCUGUUGUCAGGUAUAUGUUUGGUGGCGUUUUCCCGCUUUUCACGAGCUAUAUGUAUAAGGGUCUCGGGAUUCAUUGGGCCUCUAGUAUUCCGGCGUUUGUGGCUGUGGCGUGUAUUCCGUUGCCGUUUGUGUUUUAUGUUUACGGGGAAAGGAUUAGGAAGAGGUGUAAGUAUGCCGCUGUUUCGGCGAAAGAGGUGGGGAUGUUACGGGAGGGUGGUGAUGGUAAUGGCGAUGAGAGGGUGCUGGAGGAAGGGAAUGAGCGGAGGUUGAAAGAAGUAUGA